AUGACAGUUCUUAACGGAAUCCCGACUGCUCCGGAAGUUGGUAGCUGGGCUGAGUCUGUCGAGCAAGAUAACCAAUCUCGCGUUGAGGAAGGUGAUGAUGGUACCAGAACUGAAACCGCUUUCACUGUUGAAGACGGAGUUAGAUAUAAGGUUGUAACCACAUUCAAAGUGAUCAACAAGCGGGUUCCAAAGGUGGUCGCCGAGAGAAAAAAGUGGAAAAAAUUCGGCUCUUGCAAAGAAGAUCCGCCAGGUCCGCACGUCGCCACCACCUAUGUUGCCGAAGAGGUCGAGAUGCAAUUCACCAGAAAUCGCGCCGGAGAGCAAAUUCUUGACGUCCAAGAGGAUAAGCAAGCGACAAAAGCAACAAGCCGCGAGCAUUGUCGCCACUGCAAAGGCAACGACCAUUGGAGUACACAUUGUCCGUACAAGGUCAUGUAUCAGUUGGAUGAAGAAGCCGACGCUGAGAAGGAGAGCGAGAAGGAUCGCAACGCGUUGGGACUUCGUCCAGACGGUCGCCAAAUCGAUAGAAAUAGAUCUGAUGAAAACACGUGCCGCGUUACGAAUUUGCCGCAAGAGAUGGAGGAAGCCGAACUUCGAGAGAUCUUUGGAACAAUGGGCCGAAUUAUUAGAAUAUUCAUCGCUCGCGAUAAGAUCACCAAUUUGCCGAAAGGAUUCGCAUUCAUCACCUAUGAGAAUCGCGAAGAUGCUGCUCGCGCCAUUGCGGAAUUGAACGAUUUGAGAAAAUACCACAUGAUGGGAUUCUUAAAAAUCCUCCGAAAACAGAGGGCGAGAGAGCGAGAGAUGAGAAUAUUGAUAUUGGGAUUGGACAACGCCGGCAAAACGACGCUGAUGAAGAAAUUCCUUGGCGAGCCGACCGAUACGAUUGAGCCGACUUUAGGCUUUGACAUAAAAACUGUGCAAUUCAAAGAAUUUCAAUUGAAUUUGUGGGAUGUUGGCGGUCAAAAGAGUCUGCGUUCGUAUUGGAAGAACUAUUUUGAGUCGACAGAUGCCCUUAUUUGGGUUGUUGAUUCGUCAGAUAGAGAGCGGCUUGCGCAAUGCGCCGACGAGCUUCACAAAUUGCUUCAAGAGGAGAAGCUGGCGGGCGCUUCGUUGUUGGUGCUCGCCAACAAGUGCGAUGUGCCGAGCGCCGUCGACGUCAACACAAUCGCGAAGAUUCUCGACCUUCAAUCGAUCAAUUCGCACCAUUGGAAGAUAUUCAGCUGUUGCGCGCUGUCCGGCGAGCGUCUGAUUCAGGCGAUGACGUGGCUUUGCGACGACGUCGGCAGUCGCAUAUUCAUUCUCGACUAA